CUAUUUCUAGGUUAUCGAUGUCAUCGAUACAUUACAAAUUCAAAGCAACACUCGAAUACAAAACAUUAGUAUUUGAUGGUUUGCAUAUAUCGGUCACUGAUCUGAAGAAGGAAAUAUGUGAAAAGGAAAAUAUCAAGGCAGAAUCCUUCGAUUUGGUGUUAACAAACGCCCAUACAAAGCGACAAUACACGGGUGAUGAGUUAAUUCCGCGAAAUUCAUCGGUAAUCGUUCAGCGAAUACCACGUGAUAAUGCAGCAAAACUUCCAAAAGUGCAGGAUACCACAAAUUCAGGGAUUGUGACGAAGCCUACUCCAGCUGAAACAUCCGUUGUUGGGCAUAUUGAUUCAGAAGAAUUCGACAAAAUGACGGAAGAAGAGCGUUUGGCACAUAUAAAAGAAGUGUCUACAUACAAAUAUUUGCCUUCAAACUUUCAAAAGAAGACAUCUUCGAUAAUGUCUGGUCCGCCGCCACCAACUUACGUAUGCAAUCGAUGCUCACAGUCAGGACACUGGUACAAAAAUUGUCCAAUGGUAACGGUCAUUCUAUAUUUACACUUUUACGUUCUAUCAUUUAAUAUACACAGGAAAGAUUUACUGUUUCACAUGUACACAUUUGUUCAUUGAUUUAAAUGGCAUAAUUUUGAUUAUUUUUUUUCCUGCAUACUUCAAUUUUCUAGUACGGGUAUAUCAUUCGUUAAUAAUUAUUAUUACAUAUUUUCCAUGGGUUAAUCGUUAUCACUCUUCUAUGAGUUGAUGUUUUCCAGUGUCGAAUUUUCGUUUUCAUUCGUUUCUUUGUAAACAGCAGUGAAACUGUAACAGUUCUUGUCAUUGAAUGGUGAAGGGAUGGAGAAGGGUAGGCAGACAAAUCAUUUCCGAGAGAGAUUAAGG